AUGGCGCUGGAGAUCGAAGACGAGGACUUUUUUGUUAAGCUGUUCGGCUAUGAAAACCACGAUGAGUCCCGGGCGCGUUGGAUGCAGUAUUACGACACCGGAGACCAAGAUGAACAAGCACUCUGGCUCGGUGGCCACCAAGACCUGUCGGCCCUGUCGCUACUGUUCUCCCAGCCCAUGGCGUCCCUGCAGGUGCGCGAUUACGCGGACGACGCACAGUGGAGAUAUGUCCCCUACAUCCCCGGUGCGAUGAUCGUGAAUGCAGGCGAGAUCAUGAGGUGGCGGCUGUCCAUCGGGUCAGUUCAGCCACCUGCCGACCAGCGAGGCCACGACCGUAGCGCCUUCUUCUACUUCACCGUCCCCAACGACAAGGUCGUCAUCAAUACCUUGCUCGAGGAGAGCCCCGUGCUGUGCAGGGCCGGCGUGCAGAAGUGGUUCAAGGAAGGCGAGGCCCCGACUAGCAAGGAGUGGUGCAAUAACCGUAUCCGCGUGACAGGCCAGAAGGCCCUAUUCCAGAAUCAAAAUGCCGCACUGAAUAGGGAGAUGGAGAGGAUCGGGACCGUCACGACCACCUGGUAUCGAUGA